UGAAGCACCAGUAUCCUCAUUUUUGUGCCACGCAUGAGCAUUACAAAAAUAUUACCAUUAAGGACAAUGAAGUGCUGGCCAACUACGUUUUCAGUCUAUGUUAUGCUCCCUCUGGGUGUUAUCUCGUCGGACAAUGUGUUUGAGAAUCCUGAAGAACUAAGGAAGCAACUGAAGAAGCUGAAGUCUGCUGCGGUGGAUGGGGUGAUGAUGGAUGUGUGGUGGGGGCUUAUAGAGUCCAAGCCCAGGAGCUAUGACUGGACUGCUUACAGGAAAUUGUUUCAGAUGGUAAAAGAGGAAGGCCUUAGGUUGCAGGCCAUCAUGUCCUUCCACCAAUGCGGCGGCAAUGUUGGUGAUGUCGUCUAUAUCCCAAUACCGCAAUGGGUGAGAGAUAUCGGUGGCGAUAACCCUGAUAUCUUCUACACCAAUAGAAUGGGCACAAGGAACCCGGAGUACCUCAGCCUUGGAGUGGAUAACCAGCCUCUCUUCGGUGGUAGAACUGCUGUUGAGCUUUACAGUGACUACAUGAGGAGCUUCAGGAAGGCCAUGUCUGAUUUCUUGGAAGAAGGUCUUAUCACAGACAUUGAAGUAGGACUUGGACCUUGAGAGACGAGAUACCCUUCAUAUCCAGAGACUCAGGGAUGGGUCUUCACAGGAAUUGGAGAAUUUCAGUGUUAUGACAAGUAUCUCAAAGCAGACUUCAAAGAAGCUGCAACAAAGGCAGGCCACCCUGAAUGGGAGUUGCCUGAUGAUGCAGGAGAGUAUAACGACACCAGAAGCCACCGGAUUUUUGGAGCAAACGGAACGUACCUUACAGAGAAAGGGAAGUUUUUCCUGACAUGGUAUUCCAACAAGCUGAUCAAACAUGGUGAUCAGAUCCUUGAUUUGGCUAAUCAAGCAUUUCUAGGAUGUAAAGUCAAGCUUGCAGCAAAAGUUUCUGGGGUUCAUUGGUGGUAUAAGGAUGAUAGUCAUGCAGCAGAACUCACCACAGGAUACUACAACUUGAAAGACCGUGAUGGUUACAGACCGUUGGCAAGGAUGUUAUCGAGGCACUAUGCUAUAUUGAACUUCACUUGCAUUGAGAUGAAAGAUUCCGAGCAACCUGCUACAGCUAAGAGUGGACCUGAGGAACUUGUUCAGCAGGUACUAAGUGGUGCAUGGAGAGAGGAAAUUGAGGUGGCAUGUGAAAAUGCACUUAACCGAUACGAUAAGGACGCAUAUAACCAGAUGCUGAGAAAUGCCAGGCCGAAUGGAGUCAAUAAAAAUGGUCCACCAAAACAUAGAAUCACUUCAUUGACAUAUCUCCGGCUCGGCGAUGACCUUUUGAAAUCAUCAAACUUCAGCUUAUUCAAGGUGUUUGUGAGGAGAAUGCAUGCUAAUCUGGAUUUUAAUCCAAACCCUGAAAAUUACUUCAAGCCCAUUGUACCUCUGAAAAGUUCAAAGCCGGAAUUCUCAAUGGAGUAUAUUUUGGAAGCCACUGGACCACUGGAACCAUUUCCAUUUGAUGAUGAAACAGACGUGCCUGUUGACGGUGGCUUUGCUUAUUGGAUCAAACAAGUGUUUGCUAAACUCAUCUCCCUGUUUAAGUAAGAUCCAUCAGAGCUUGUACUUAUCUGAAGCAUGUGAAUACUCAGCAGAGAUGUUUGAAUAAGAUUUCAGUGUGUCGCUUAUGUAUGAAGUUUUUGUUAUUAAUGAAUAAGAUUUGAGGCAUAAACAAUA